GCACUUGUAAUGCUUGGAGAUGAAGUUAUUUUCAUAGGAAAGGAUUUUGGCAAUUCGAAUUCAAAAGGGAAAAUAAAAGAGAACAAGAACAAAAGGAAAGUGGAAAGAACUCCGCCGACUUCAGAGUUUUACCUAAAUUAGGAUUGUAAUUAUGGCAAUUUUGUAUAUGACUUCGGUGUAAACCUAAGAGACCCAAUUUGAACAGGAAUCGAACGCCUAGGUUUUUUUUACAUGUAUAAAUAGCAGCUUGGUAUCGGCAUACUGCAUACCCUUAUUCGUCUUCUUCUUGCAGCAAAUAAUUUUUGUACAAGGGUUUUAGGUUUUAAAAGUAUUUGGAUCUUUUGAAGCCAACACUUGAAAUCUUACUUCAGAUGUCUGUGUUAACGGAAACAAGUCCUUCAAUGAUGUGUGGGAAGAGAUUGCAUCAAAGCGUCUACGAUGAAUAUCGAAGAUGUCCGUCUGCGUUUAAGCGCCUAAAAGUUGAUACUACCCGGAAUUUUCCCGAAAAUUGUGGUCCAUUUAUUUCUCAAACGAAUGGAAGCGGUAUUCAAUGCUAUGGUGAUGCUGAGAUCGUCCCAAAGUUUCCAUCCACUACUAAGCGUGUAAAAGUUGGUGCUACGCGAAAUUUUCCUCAGAAUUGUAGCCCGUGCAUUACUCAAAUGGAUGGAAUCGAUACUCAAUGCUCUGCUGAAGUUGAGAUCAAAAGUAGUUCUAGUGUUGCUUUGGAAAUGUCUAAGUCGGGCAAGCCUUUAGGAGUUUUUGUGCCAAAUAAUUUGAGUGGUACCCCAGCAAUCCAACCAAAAGAUGUGCAAAUGGAUAUGCCAUUAACUCCUGGGAAUCCUAAAAAGGAUGAUUUGGUUGAAACUGGUGCACCUCUAAAAGAGGUUGGUGAUUCAAGUAAUUUGAGAACCUUAUGUGAGCAACUCCCACCUACUAUUGGAAAUCAACCUUUGAAGAUGAAAGAAAUUGAAGGUCAAAAUGAACCUAGUAAUGAAACAAGCAAGAGAAUUCAUCACGAAAAAGUAUUUGGUGAUGAAUCCAAGACUAGCGUAGAUGAUGAUGAAAUUUGCAUUUUAUCCCGCUUCGAGUGGAGCUCUUUAAAAUCAAGUCUCAAGUCUCGAAGUACUUGUAAGAAGGACGACAAGUGUGAGAUCGUGCACACAGAAAAAUUUAAGUGUCUAGAAGCGCUAGGCAAGUGCAUGAUUAAUUUUGAAGAUGCAGUUAAUUUUGAGCCAUCGCCUAAGACCGUGCGUUUUGAGCAACACAACAAAUUAUACAAAGGUGAGGAUUUUGUCUCCAAAGAUUGGGAUCAAAAUGACUUUGUGGUCAUGAAGAAGCAAAUAGUUCCGAGAGUUUCUCAAAAAGAUUUAAGGAAUUUUACUUCCUUGUGUGAUGUUUUUGGUCAAGGAUUGUUAACUGAAUAUGAAGAUUUUUCUAAAGCGAAUGAAGUUAGAGAGGCUCUGAAACUUUUUGAUGACCUGUACACUAAACUUUUGCGAGAAGUUAAAGCAAAGAAAUGUGAAGGACAGUCUAAAAGAAGUAUUCAUAUAGAAGCAGCAAUGAGUUUGAAGAAUCAGAAAAAGUGGGUAAAUUAUGGGUGGACUUUUGGACAUGUUCCUGGAGUUGAAAUUGGAGAUCAAUUCCGGUUUAGGGCAGAACUUGUUAUGGUCGGACUACAUCGCCAAUUUAUUAGUGGUAUCGAUUAUGUGAAUAUUAAUAGAAAAGAUGUUGCAAUUAGUAUUGUGGAUUCUGGUCGGUACGCCAACGAGGCCAUAUCUUCUCAAACAUUCAUUUACGUAGGUCAAGGUGGGAAUCCAAAAAUUUCUGCUACGAGAGUGGAAGAUCAAAAGCUUGAAGGGGGUAAUCUUGCCUUGAAGAAUUCCAUGGACUCGGGAUAUCCGGUAAGGGUUAUUCGUAGUCGACAAAGAGUGAAAGAUGAAAAGAGUGAUAUAAGAUACAUUUAUGAUGGGCUGUACACUGUGACCAAGUAUUGGCAAGAAAGAGGUCCAACUGGAAAAUUUGUUUUCAAGUUUGAACUGAAAAGAAAUUUUGGCCAGCCUAAACUUACUCGUGAGCUAGUGUCACAGCCAGCAAAUUUAGCCAAGGUAAAUCACUUUCAUCCAUACGUUAACAAGGACACGAAAUCAGUUACGGAGCAGAAGUUUGUUGUGGACUAUGAUAUCUCGCAAGGAAAGGAGAAGAUACCGAUCCCUGCUGUCAAUGCAAUAGAUGAUGAGAGACCCCCACCAUUCACUUACAUUACCAAAAUGCAAUAUCCAGAUUGGUAUUAUAUUUCUAUGCCUCAAGGUUGCAGUUGCACAAGUGGAUGCUCGGAUUCUGAGCAAUGCUCUUGUGCUUCUAAGAAUGGAGGUGAGAUUCCAUUUAACUCAAGAGGGGCUAUUAUUAGAGCAAAGCCACUUGUUUACGAGUGUGGUCCGUGUUGCAAAUGCCCCCCUUCUUGCAAAAACAGAGUUAGCCAAUGUGGUCCUCGGCACCAUUUGGAGGUUUUCAAGACCGAAUCCAGAGGAUGGGGUUUGAGGUCACGGGAUUAUGUAUCAUCUGGAAGUUUUAUAUGUGAAUAUGUUGGAGAGUUGCUUGAUGAAAAGGAAGCCGAAAAAAGAAUAGAUCAUGAUGAGCACUUGUUUGAUAUUGGCAACUAUGAUGAAGAAAUCCCCGAAAGGAAUAAUAAUAAGUUCGAAGUAGAGUCAAAUUGUUCUCAGAGGAAGGAUGAAGAUGGCUUUACCCUUGAUGCAGCAAGAUAUGGGAAUGUUGGAAGAUUUAUCAACCAUAGCUGCUCGCCGAACCUUUACGCUCAAAAUGUCAUGUAUGACCAUGGUGAUAGGAGAGUACCUCACAUAAUGUUUUUCGCUUCCAAAAGUAUUGCUCCAUUAGAGGAGCUUACUUAUCACUACAACUACCAGAUUGAUCAUGUUUAUGAUGCAAAUGGCGAUCUGAAGAGAAAAAAUUGUAGAUGUGGUUCUCGUAAGUGUUCGGGGAGAAUGUAUUAAGAAGUAGUCGUGUAAACUAUUGUAUUUUUGAUAUUUCAAGUAUGAUUCUAUA